AGUGAUUUCCUCUGGGUUACAGCGCAGGCGCAAGAUAAGCGAGGCGCCGCGCCAGUCGUAGUGGUGCUGUUUGCGGGUCUUCGCGCGGGACCGGGGCGCAGUGGGGUCGCAGAGGCGAGGGUGUCAUGUCAGACAACGAGGACAAUUUUGAUGGCGACGACUUUGAUGAUGUGGAGGAGGACGAAGGGCUAGAUGACUUGGAGAAUGCCGAAGAGGAAGGCCAGGAGAAUGUCGAGAUCCUCCCCUCUGGGGAGCGACCGCAGGCCAACCAGAAGCGAAUCACCACGCCAUACAUGACCAAGUACGAGCGAGCCCGUGUGCUGGGCACCCGAGCGCUCCAGAUUGCGAUGUGUGCCCCUGUGAUGGUGGAGCUGGAGGGGGAGACAGAUCCUCUGCUCAUUGCCAUGAAGGAACUCAAGGCCCGAAAGAUCCCCAUCAUCAUUCGCCGUUACCUGCCAGAUGGGAGCUAUGAAGACUGGGGGGUGGACGAGCUCAUCAUCACCGACUGAGCUGGAGUCAUCUUCCUGCCCUUGCCCCAUGCCCAAUUUUCAUUCUCACUUUAUAUGUGUAAAUAAUAAAAUAUUCAACUUUCCAACCCCCUUCCCCUCUGCUUAUCUGCGAUGUCACCACCUGUUGCUUCCCUGUUACCGCCAUGCUGCCUGGAGCAUGCACCUUUUCCAGUGGCCCUGUGACUGUCAGCUCCUUAAGAAGCACCAGGGGCCCUUAGCCCUUUUGGAUCCCCCACAUCCUUCCCUCCAUCUCCCUGUUCCCCAGAGCAAAGGCUGCUGCAGGGGAGACACCUCAGCUGCCUUCCCAGCAGACAGACGAGUCUUUGUGCCCAGGGAGCUGGUUGCCACGGAAACCCCCAAUUUCCUUUCCAGUGGGGACUGGCUGCAGGGGCUUCUCCCUUCUCAGGAGUAUCACAGAGCAGGUCUCAUCAAGCCACCCAUUGUUUCCUAAGGACCUGCUUCGAGCCUCUUAUCGUGGGCUGGGAUCCCCUUUCAGGAGCAGUGCCCCAGCAGGAAGCGUGGGGGUGUGCUGAUCUCCCACCCUCCCCAGGCAGAGCCCUGCUGGGCAAGUCAGCAGCUGGAGCAAGGACCGAGCACCUGCCUACCCCUGCCCCCACGGCUCUCUCCCCACUCCUCCUCAGGACUCUGCCCACACACUGUCCUCUGUGGCCCACCUCUUUGGUGUGCCACACCCAUGCCUUCUUCCCAGCCCCUGUAAGAUAUCCUUUCCCUCCUGUUUGGGGCUGGUGAUCCUCUGAGGCCUUGGGGAGAUGAUGCUGGGGUGGUGGUGCUCCUGGGUUCCAGGUGUUACAUUAAGUCAGAGCUGGAGCUCCCCCUUCCUCUGCCUGAGGUUCUAAUGGGUCCUCUUCCUUUCUCCACCCUGCUUACCCAACCUGAGGUAAGACCAGUCACACUGGCUCCUCCCUCCUAGAGGGGGUCAAGGGGAGGGUGUAUUUUGACAUGAACAGGGAUAGAGGGAAAACUGGCUCCCUGAAUAUGCCAGCCUUAACCUCCAUUCCACUGCCAGCUCCCCUUCCAAGAGGAGGAACUGGGCUUCCCUAAACCUCUGCAGGAGGCAAGGCCUCCAGGCCUGGGUGCAGCCUGGCCCUGGGAUGGGGUGUGGGGAGUGAAUGGUGAGCAUCUGCACUGGUGGGAGGGCUGUCUGCUGCCCUGGAGAAGGGUUAAUUCAGGGAGCAGUGGACUUCACACCCCCAUCCACCCUCCUCCAAGCCUGUGGAAUCCUUUAAUCAAGUUGGGUGCUGAAAUUUCAGCUCUGAAAUGCCGCCUUUGUGCUGGCAUCCAGGCAGCCGCCCCAGAGUGCGGGGGUCACUUUCUCGGCCCCAUUUCUCUAAAUGGUCUCUUUGUUCCCUGCUGGGCUGCUCAGUAUCAGAUGUGAUUAAAGGGAGAUGGGGUUUGGGCUGGGGAGGAGGGGAGUUGGGGGUUAACUCUUAGGGGAUAGAGUGCAAGGGAAAUGGGACAGAAGGGGUGUUUUUUUCUCCUAUCUUCCUCUUUCCAUUCUCCUCUUUUGGGGAGUCCCCUGCUAUUCAGCUGUCUGGGCCUGGCUUUUGACUUCUCUUGAAUAAAAUGUCACCGGUCA